GAUAAAACACUUUUACUACCACAUACAUUAAGCCUCUCUGUUUCUUGUCUAUCAAGAUCACUUCAUCAAACACAACAAUGGCUCCCCUGUCCUUCCGUCAACACCUCGGUAUCCCCGCCUCAACGGCAUCCGUCCAAGAUUCAAGCCUGAUCAUCAUCGACGCCCAAAACGAGUACGCCACCGGCAAGCUCAAGACCGAGAAUGUCACGGAGACUCGCGCCGUCAUCGCCGACCUCCUCAAGCGUUAUCGCCAAGCUGGAAACCCCAAGAACAUUGUCCACAUUCUCCACGAAACUCCCGCCGGCGCCCCCCUCUUCACCCCCAACACCCCGCUCGCGGAGGAGUUUGAGGAAUUGAAGCCUCAAGCUGGCGAGAAGGUGGUCUACAAGCAAUUCCCCAGUUCGUUUGCGCAGACCGACCUCCACGAGCACCUGCAGGGUCUGGGCGCUGUGGGCAAGAAGAUCGUGCUGGUCGGCUACAUGGCGCAUGUGUGUGUGUCGACGACGGCGCGGGCGGGCCACGAGCUCGGGUAUGAGGUGUUGGUGGCGAAGGAUGCGGUCGGAGAUCGCCACAUUCCCGGGGUCGAUGCGGGGCAGUUGGUUGAGGUGGCGCUGAGGGAAGUGGCUGAUGUUUUCGGCACGGUGGUGGAGGCGAAGGACAUUCAGGGCUGAUCGGAUCUGGGAUAGGCGCAAAUAGAUUUCUUUUCAGAUUAUAAUAGCUGCACGAUACACACAGUGGCGGCUUCGUCCACUUUAUGUGAGAAUCAUGCAAACUCGCAAUAAG